UGUAGUCGGCAGGUUAUGCGCAUGCGUAGGGGUCCAAAGAACAGGGUGCCGUGGAAUGAAUGAAGCUUAGUACUACUACGGCUACUAAUACGACGACGAAUACCGCUGCUGCCGUAACUACUUCCACAUAAUACUCGGCAAGGGGGCUUCAAAGAGAUGGCAGAUGAAGGCUACGUGGUCCGGAUCCGAGGUCUUCCCUGGUCCUGCUCCGUUGAGGAGGUAUCCCGCUUCUUCUCAGACUGUAAGGUAGCCAACGAUGGCAACAGCGUCCACUUCACCUUCACGAGGGAGGGCCGGCCGAGCGGAGAGGCCUUCGUGGAGCUGGAGAGCGACGAGGACUUGAAGAUCGCCGUCAAGAAAGACCGAGAGACCCUGGGCCACAGAUACGUAGAAGUGUUCAAGUCCAACAGCGUGGAGAUGGAGUGGGUCCUGAAGCACACGGGGCCGGGCUGCACCCAGCCGGAGGAGGAGGCCGGGGACGGAGAGGGCCUGGUCCGUCUCAGAGGCCUGCCCUUCGGCUGCAGCAAGGAGGAGAUCCUACAGUUCUUCUCUGGCAUGGAGAUCGUUCCCAACGGCAUCACGUUGCCCAUGGACUACCAGGGAAGAGGGACUGGAGAGGCCUUCGUUCAGUUUGCCUCCCAAGACAUCGCAGAGCGGGCCUUGAAGAAACACAAGGAGCGCAUCGGACACCGCUACAUCGAGAUCUUCAAGUCCAGCCGGGCGGAGGUGCGGACCCACUACGAGCCGCAGCGUAAGGUGGGCGGCGGCGGAGGGGGGCGUCCCGGGCCCUACGACCGGCCCAGCGGCGGCGGCGGCGGCGGCGGGCGCGGCAGCUACAACGGCAUGAACCGCGGCGGGGGGGCGGUGGACCGCCGCCGGGGGGGAUACGGAGGAGGUUCUGAGCGCUACGGCGACAGCGGCUCCAACUUCCAGAGCACCACGGGCCACUGCGUCCACAUGAGGGGCCUGCCCUACCGCGCCAGCGAGACGGACAUCUACAACUUCUUCUCCCCCCUGAACCCGGUGCGCGUGCACGUGGAGGUGGGGCACGACGGACGCGUGACCGGAGAGGCCGACGUGGAGUUUGCCACACACGAAGACGCAGUGGCGGCAAUGUCUAAAGACAAGGCCAACAUGCAGCAUCGCUACGUGGAGCUGUUCCUCAACUCCACCUCCGGGGGAAGCAACGGGGGAUACGGAGGCCAGAUGAUGGGCAACCAGUCUUCGUAUGGUAACCAGGGGAUGGGGGGCUACAACAGUGGUGGUGGUGGUGGUGGCAUGGGUGGGGGCUACAGUGACUACAGUAACCAGAGCGGCGUGGGCAACAGUUACUAUGGCAACGGCCGAGGCUCCAUGGGAGGGGGGUGGGGCAUGUGA